CGACACAAACAUCAAAAGUGCAUAAAAGACAUUUAUGUAGGUUAAAUGGCACAUCAGCAAAGCUCUUUCUGUAUGGUGACAGGAUUCCAUGUGUCGGUUGCCAACAGUUUUAUAGUUCUCAAUCGAGGCAGACAAAGCAACCUGACACCACCCAAACAAUUUUUCAUUACAAUUCUACAUUUUAACUUUUGUUCAUUGCUAAGAUAUAUCUGUUCUUGAUCAUAAUCUUCUUCUAUGGUAUUUCUUUCUUUCAUUUUCUUCCUGGUUUAGGCAGUGUUUACUGAAAUGGAUGAGGAGGCAAAAGGAGGAUUGAAUGAGGAUAGCCGAAAGAAGGAAUCUUGGAAGUCUGUUUUGACCUUGGCAUAUCAAAGUCUUGGUGUAGUCUACGGGGAUUUAAGUAUCUCACCACUCUAUGUAUUCAGGAAUACUUUUGCUGAAGAUAUUCAACACUCUAGUGGAAAUGAAGAGAUAUAUGGAGCCCUGUCCUUUGUUUUCUGGACUUUAACUUUGGUUACUUUGUUCAAGUAUGUCUUUUUAGUUCUCAAAGCCAAUGACAAUGGGGAAGGUGGGACAUUUUCAUUGUAUGCUUUAUUAUGCAGGCACGCCAAAGUCAGCCUUUUUCCAAAUCAGCAAACUGCUGAUGAGGAACUUUCAACAUAUAAAAUGCAACUUCCUUCUGACACCAGAAAUGGGACAAGAAUAAAAAUAAUGCUUGAAAAAUAUAAAAAAUUUCAGGUUGCAUUGCUAGUGAUGGCUUUGUUGGGCAUUUGUAUGGUUAUUGGAGAUGGAGUGCUAACUCCAGCCCUUUCUGUAUUCUCUGCAGUCUCAGGACUUGAAGAUUAUGUGGGAGAAGAACGACAUAAAUAUGUGUUGGCUCCUAUUUCAUGUUUUAUAUUGGUGUGUCUGUUUGCAUUACAACACUAUGGCACUCAUCGGCUAGGCUUCAUGUUUGCACCAAUCGUUUUGGUCUGGCUUAUAUGCAUGAGUUCACUUGGCCUAUAUAAUAUAUUUACCUACAACAAACAUAUUUAUAAUGCACUUUCUCCAUAUGCCAUGUAUAUAUUUAUGAGGAAGACCCGAGCUAGAGGGUGGAAAUCUUUGGCUGGUGUUCUGCUAUGUAUCACAGGUUCAGAGGCAAUGUUUGCAGAUUUAGGGCACUUUUCUCAGCUAUCAAUCCAGAUGGCUUUCACUUUUAUGAUCUAUCCUUCUCUAAUUCUAGUUUAUAUGGGUCAAGCAGCUUACAUAUCACGGCAUCAUGACAUUAGUCGUAGCCCAAUCGGGUUUUACAUGUCUGUGCCAGAAUGUGUAAGAGCACCUAUAAUAGCAGUAGCAAUGGCUACAUCGGUGGUUGCAAGCCAAGCAAUGAUUACAGGCACAUUUUCAAUCAUUAAUCAAGCUUUGACACUUGGUUAUUUUCCUAGGGUGAAGGUGGUGCACACAUCAGAUAAAAUACAUGGGAGAGUUUAUAUUCCUGAAAUCAACUGGAUUCUAAUGAUUAUAUGUCUUGCUGUAACUUUUGGAUUCAGGGAUGUCAAGUCCUUGGGAAAUGCAACUGGCUUGGCAGUCAUCGUUGUUAUGCUGGUCACAACCUUUUUCAUGUCAUUGAUAAUAGUAUUGUGCUGGCAUAGGAGUUUCCUGUUAGCAUUAUGCUUUCUUGUUUUCUUUGGAUUCAUUGAAUCUCUGUACUUUUCAGCCUCUCUUGUAAAAUUUAAAGAGGGGGCUUGGGUGCCAUUGGUUUUAUCUUUGAUCCUCAUGAUGAUCAUGUAUGCAUGGCACUAUGGAACCCUCAAGAAGUAUGAAUUUGAUUUGCAGAAUAAGGUCUCCAUAAAUUGGAUUGCAAGUCUUUGUCCCAGUCUAGAGGUGGCACGUGUUCGUGGAAUAGGACUUAUGUACACAGAACUUGUCAGUGGAAUACCUGCAAUUUUUUCACACUUCGUGACAAAUCUUUCUGCAUUCCAUCAGGUUCUUGUCUUUGUAUGUAUCAAAUCAGUGCCAGUACCAUAUGUUCCAACAGGGGAACGGUAUCUUAUUGGGCGUGUUGGGCCAAAAGAGUUGAGGUUGUACAGAUGUAUUGUUAGAUAUGGAUAUCGUGAUACUCGGAAGGAAAGUGAUGACUUUGAAGAUCAACUUAUCUAUAACCUUGGUGAGUUCAUUUGUUCAGGGCAAAGUUUUUCCGACACUUCACCAGAAGAAAAGAUGACUGUUAUGGGCACAACUUUGUGGUCUGGGAAUGGCAUUGAUGCUGCUGCAAGUUGUGAUUCAAUAGAAAGCCUACAUUCUGCUACAGUGUCACAAGUUAGGUCAACACCAACUAUUCAAAGCAUCCAAGAAAUAGAACCUGCUUCGCUUAAUCAAGCUCGGAGAAGAAAAGUUAGGUUUAUAUUGCCUAGCAGCCCUGAAACAGAUCAUGCUAUAAGAGAUGAACUAGAAGAACUUUUGGACGCAAAGGAAUCUGGAACUGCCUUUAUACUGGCACAUUCUGAUGUGCAAGCAAGAAAAGGUUCAAGUUUUCUCAAGAUGAUUGCCAUUAAUUUUGUGUACAACUUUCUCAAAAAUAAUUGUAGGGAGUCAACAUUGGCAUUGGGUGUGCCACAUGCUGCACUUAUGAAAGUUGGUAUGGUUUACACUGUUUGAGUUAGGACCUUUGUAUUGAAAUCAGCCACAUUUGAAUAAGAAUCAAUUUUUAUGUUAAAAAGAAAUUAUUUCUUUUAAUGGGAGUAUAAUUGAUUUA